AGUCUUAGGGAAUCUUGGUGUCAGUGAGCAGAUGGCCAGUCAGGUGGAGCAGGAACUGGAGCAAGUCCGUGCCGACAAGGAGCGACUUGCUCAAGAGAAAGAGCAGGAAACACAACUUCGCCAAGAGGCGGAGCUUGCUCACCGCCUGGUUUUGAGGGACUUGCAGCAGCUGAAGGAAGACCAGCUCAGGCUUCCGGCGGACAAAGAUGCGGAAAAGGCAAAGCUGGAGGAGGCCCUGAAGACGGAGAACCCGGAUGCAAGGAGUGCACAUCCUGCAGCUAGCGCCCUUGAGGAGUCUGGCAAGUCGCAGAUGAGCUUUGAGGACUUUCUCGACCUUUUGUCCCCACCGGAGGCUGCCGCAGACGAUCCGCUUCAGGCGAAAGCAAGCCUGCGGCGGCAGAGGCUACUGGGCCACGUUGGGCACCUGCUGUGUCCCGGAGAACCGAGCCCCAGCGUCUACCAGGUGGCGAACGUGUUAGCCCAACGCUUCGUGUCUCCGAGUCAAGUAAGCAUUGAGAAGGCAGAGUACGGCUAUGAGAACCCAGUGGACAUGGCCAACUUCCUGAAUGCUGCAGAUAUUCGGCUGGUUCGGGGUGCCUUCUUGAAGAAGCUGCACAAGCUGGGGCAAGCCAUGCCUCGGCGCCAAGAGGCGCAACAAGCCUAUGCAGGUAGCGCCACAGCCCUGGUGACCCCUGAGGAAGUCACUGAGUGGGCUGAGAAGGCGGUGGGGCAGGGGCUGCAGGAGGCUGGAAGGAUCGUGUCGGUCUCCCACGUGUGGGAAACCAGAGAACAUCCGGAUCCACACUGCUACCAGCUGGGGCUCCUGGCCUGCCACUUGCAGGAUACUGACUGGGUGUUCUACGACUAUAUGUCCCUGUUUCAAUACUUCCGGAAUGACGUAGAUCAGGAGAGGAGCUUUCGGCUUGGGAUGGACAACAUGCAUCUGCUAUACUCGCACGAGGGCACAACAACCGCACGCCUUGAAGAGCUUACGCCCGACAAGAGCCGGAAGAGUGACACGGACACGGUGUCAGUGUUCAGCGCCAAACUGGCAAGGGUUGUGCCAGUACCCGUCGGAGAGCUCACGCAUAACGCCACACCGUAUCAAUGCAGGGGGUGGUGCGUGGCGGAGCGUGAGUGGUCCGCGACCCGAAGCACUUCCAACGCUUCAGGCCACCUUACCGAGGCAGGCUGGGCCCAAGAGGAGGGCAACCAAGCCCCGACUCCCCCAGACAUGUUCCGGGAUCGCAUCACCAAAACCGGUGAGAAUGAACUCAAAUUCACACACCGUGGUGAUGUGGCGCCUGUUCUUGCAUUGCAAGAAAAAGUUUAUCAUGACAAGGCAAAGAGCCACAAGACACUCACCAUGGGCCAGCUGAACCGGGAGCAAUUCCUGACCCUAUUGGUGGCACUCAAGAACUACCCGCAGCUGGAGCGCCUGGAGCUUAAGAAUUGCGAUAUCGAAGUUGCGGCGCUCUGUGAGGCCAUCGAAACUUCGCCAAUCACUGCAGUUCAGCUCGAGGGCAUCGGCGCCUCUAAAGCUGUGGAAGCGGUGAAGGGCUUGAUGCACUUGGAGAAGCUGCGCGUUAUCGCUGCGAACGCGUGCGGCCUGGCGGAUGCUGAAGCUGCAAUCCUUGCCGAGGAGUUGAAGAGAUGGAUGCGUGGAAAGCUGGAACUGCACCUCAACAACAACAGCCUUGGCAAGAAGGGACUGCUCGACCUUGCAGAGGCAAUAUGCUCCGUGAAAGAUGUGAACUGCCGCGCAGUGGGCAACCCCAUUGACGCAACCGAACUAGAUCCUGAGAGCGAAGCUCUGCUGAUCCAGGCUUUUGAUGCAUCGCUUUGGCUGGACGCAGAGCUCCAGAAAAAGAUCGGGCCAAGAGCGACAAGAGCAAUCACCCAGGCAUGCUACCUGGGCAAGUUGGAGUUGGACUUGGGGAAAAAAAACCUCGGUCCGGAUGGUGCCCGGGGCCUGGCAGACGGGCUCCAAGGCCUGGCACAGCUGCAGCAGCUGUCGCUGAAUCUGAGAGAGAACAAGAUCGGUUCGGAUGGCGCCCGGGCCCUGGCGGAGAGCCUUCGGGGCCUGGCGCAGCUUCAGCAGCUGACGCUGGAUCUGAGAAAGAACGAGAUCGGUCUGGAUGGUUUGCGGAGCCUGGUAGAGGGGCUCCGAGGCCUGGUGCAGCUGCAGCAGCUGACGCUGGAUCUGGAAUGUAACGAGAUCGGUCCGGAUGGCGCCCGGGGCCUGGCAGACGGGCUCCAAGGCCUGGCGCAGCUCCAGCAGCUGACGCUGAAUCUGUGGGGCAACAAGAUCGGUCCGGAUGGCGCCCGGGGCCUGGCAGACGGGCUCCAAGGCCUGGCGCAGCUCCAGCAGCUGACGCUGAAUCUGUGGAACAACAAGAUCGGUCCGGAUGGCGCCCGGGGCCUGGCAGACGGGCUCCAAGGCCUGGCGCAGCUCCAGCAGCUGACGCUGAAUCUGUGGGGCAACAACAUCGGUCCGGAUGGCGCCCGGGGCCUGGCGGAGGGCCUCCGCGGCCUGGUGCAGCUCCAGCAGCUGAAGCUGAGCCUGGAAUUCAACAAGAUCGGUCCGGAUGGCGCCCGGGGCCUGGCGGAGGGCCUCCGCGGCCUGGUGCAGCUCCAGCAGCUGACGCUGAGUCUGGGGGACAACAAGAUCGGUUCGGAUGGCGCCCGGGGCCUGGCGGAGGGCCUCCGCGGCCUGGUGCAGCUCCAGCAGCUGACGCUGAGUCUGGGGGACACCGACAUCGGUCCGGAUGGCGCCCGGGGCCUGGCAGACGGGCUCCAAGGCCUGGCGCAGCUCCAGCAGCUGACGCUGAGUCUGGGGGACAACGACAUCGGUCCGGAUGGCGCCCGGGGCCUGGCGGAGGGCCUCCGCGGCCUGGUGCAGCUCCAGCAGCUGGAGGUGGAUCUGCGUUUCAACGAGAUCGGUCGCGAGGACGAAGAGGAGCUCCGGGCGCUGCUGAACGCGUUGCCGGCGCCGAAGAAGCGGAUCGAACUCUAGCGAGCGGCGCUCGCCUCCGCCAUCGGCUGCCAGGCCGGAGCCUUCAUCUGCAACAGUGAGCCCAGCUCUCAGACUGGUGCCACGGUGCAUUUUGGCCAAGCUGCUUGUAGGAUUUCAAGCAAGCCUCGGGGGGGAAGCAGAGCGACUGCAUCACUUCAGGUUUCGUGCGCUCGCCAAUCAUCAUGCAUUGGGGCCCGGCGGCUUCUUCAUGUGUCACUCUCACCUGGCAAAGCGCCACGCAAAGCUGCCGACAAAUAUGGAUGCAGUGGCAAAUGUCGCCCAGGCUCUUUGGGCUCAUGACAACUGGAGUUGCUUCUGACAUUGGCGCGCUGCCUUGGCGAGAUCCAGGUUUUUUCCCUCCUGAGGAGGUUUUUCCCUGGGAAGUGUAUGAAAAGGAGGGCUCACUGCUGAAGCCCUGCAGUGUACAUGACUCCAUUUCUUGGUGAAAA